CACUUCAGAUCCAAAGUAUAUUUUAUAAUUUGAUGCAACCAAAUUCUUGUCUAUCAUUACUAAAAUGGUGGAACACAAACAAUUAUUUAGUUAUAAAUAGGAAGCUUUUGGUUUUUAGUAGAAUAUUUUUAAUGCAAACUGGUUAAAAAGUUUGUCAACAAACCAAAAAAUUUUUUUUUUUAUGAAAAAUAUGGAUAUUCGUGCAGUAGUUGCAAUAGAUUUUGGUACUACAUUUUCGGGUUUCGCAUAUGCUUAUCGAUCAAGUCCCGAAAUUAUUACGAAUGAUUCUUGGCCUCAACAGAUUGGUCCAUUGAAAACUAAUACGGUUCUUCAAUAUGAUUCCAAUUAUCAAAAUGUUACUAAAUGGGGAAAUCCUGCUUUGGCACAAAGACAAUCUCGUAGAAAUGGAGACUCAUCAUCUUCAAAAACUGUGGAACUUUUUAAACUUCAUUUAGGAAAUAUUCCACAAAAUGAAAAACCUCCACUUCCUCGUCAAUUAAGUUAUGAUAAAGCAAUAAGUGAUUAUUUACGCGAAUUAGGUAAAUUGAUCAAGGAAACCAUUUCUACUCGAUGGCAAGGGAUAAAAUUCUUUGAACAUGUUCUUCUUGUUAUAAGCAUUCCAGCGGAGUUCGAUGAUCGUGCGAAAGAUACUAUGAGAAAAUGUCUUUAUAAUGCUGGACUGACGAACAGUAAAGAAUCAAAUAAAGUUGAAUUUACAACUGAACCUGAAGCUGCUGCAAUUUAUUGUAUGCGAAAUCUUGAAGGACAGAAUAAACCGAUCUCAAUUAAUGAGUCAUUUAUGGUGGUUGAUUGUGGAGGUGGAACUGUAGAUCUUACAACACGUAAAUUAUUACGAGAUAACAAACUUAGUGAAAUUACUGAACGAACUGGAGGUUUUUGCGGUGGAUUUUAUGUCGACAGAGAAUUUAUUAAAUUUCUUAGUCGUAGACUUGGUCAAUCGACCAUAAAUCUGCUUAAAGAAAAUAAUUAUGGUCAAAUGCAAUACAUGAUACAACAAUUCUGUCAAAAAUCGAAAUUUCAUUUUACUGGAAAUAUAAAUGAUUUUAAUUCUUUUGAAUUUGAUAUUGAAGAAAUUUGUCCCAUUUUAAAACAGUAUUGUAAAGAUGAUAUUAAAGAAAAAAUGGAAGACAAUGAUUGGAUUAUUGAUAUAAAUUUUGAAGAUAUAAAAUCUAUGUUUGAUCCAGUUGUUGGAAAGAUUAUUAGAUUAAUUCGUGGACAACUUAAUUCUAGUAAGAAUAAAUGUUCUGUUAUAUUCCUCGUCGGAGGAUUUAGUGAAUCAAAAUAUUUACAAAUGAGAAUUAAAGAAGAAUUCGGAAAAUUAGUUCCAUCAAUUAUUGUACCAAAGCAACCCAUCACAGCUAUUGUUCGUGGAGCUUGUGACUAUGGACUCGAAAUGAGCACAAUAAUAGAUCGUACUUUGAAAUAUUCUUAUGGAUUUGAAACUUAUAGAAGUUGGAAAUUUGGAGAUCCAAUAAAUCGAAGAAAAAGUAUUAAAGGGAAUAAUAAAACUAAAAUUAUGAUAUUUCACUGUUUAGCUACACGAGGUACAACAGUUGGAAUUGAUGAGGAAUUUCGCACAGUUAGUUGUCCUUCUAUGCCAGAUCAAACUGAAAUUUCAUAUCCGAUAUAUAUAACAACUGAAUCAAGUGCUAAAUUUUGUGAUGAAUCUGGUAUGAAAUUACAUGGUACAUUAACCAUAGACUUACCAGAUGUUCAUCUUGGAUUAGAUCGCCAAGUUGAAUUUUCGCUAAUUUUUGGAAAAAUGGAACUUGUUGCUAAAGCAAAAAAUUUACGAAAUGGAAGAAUAUAUAACACUUCUUUUGAUCUAAAUUUAAACUUUUAAUUUGUAAUUUAGUCGUAAUAUACAUGUUUACGUUACUUCUGGUUAUAUUGUUUUUCAGUGUGUGUUUGCAUUGACGUAAUUAGUUUCAAUUUUUUCUUUC